AUGACUGCGCCGGAGAGGCUUGCCCUGAUCCAGGUGAACCUCGCCGAGUUCAUCAACCCGGAGAUAGUACAAAAAGCCUUGGACGAAGGACGGAAUCCAAAGGUCUACUGGGGUCAGCAGCUUCCGCGUCACUCUGACCCAUCCCGAACCGCCACGACUGGCCGGCCUCACACUGGAUACUUCCCUGCCGCUAUCAAGAUCGCGCAAUUGCUUGCCGCUGGUUGCGAGGUUACCAUAUUACUUGCCGAUAUCCAUGCCUUCCUCGAUAACCUGAAGGCCCCGAUCGAGCUCGUCGAACAGCGAGUCGCAUACUACCGCUUCAUCAUACGCUCUAUCCUCGAAGCAGUGGGCGUGUCACUGGACAAACUCAAGUUUGUUACCGGCAGCUCGUACCAAAAAAGCCCUGAAUAUAUCAUGGAUAUCUACAAACUGACUUCGCUGAUCUCCGAACACGAUGCGAAGAGGGCCGGCGCCGAGAUUGUUAAGCAGUCGGACAAUGCCCCCUUGAGUGGUCUCCUCUACCCAAUUCUUCAAGUGCUGGAUGAACAGUACUUGGACGUCGAUGCUCAACUCGGAGGUGUGGAUCAGAGAAAGCUAUUCAUUGCUGCGAAAGAAUGGCUCCCCAAGAUUGGAUACAAAGAGCGCGCCCACCUGAUCAAUGGUAUGGUUCCAGGUCUCAAUGGAGGCAAGAUGAGUUCGAGCGAUCUAGACAGCAAGAUUGACCUUCUUGAUCCGCCCGAAUCUGUCACCAAGAAGAUACGUAAAGCCGUCGCUGUCCCCAAGGUCACGGAAGACAACGGUCUUCUCUCAUUCGUCGAAUUCGUGCUACUCCCUGCCGCGGCGCUGAACGGCCGUCGAGAGUUUGUGGUUGGCCGUACCCGAGAUGAACUGGAGCCAUUAGUGUACUCCAGUAUCGACAAAAUACAUGAGGAUUACAAGAACGAUGUCUUGACUCCCCAACUACUGAAACCUGCAGUAUCGCAGGCCCUCAACAAGCUACUGGCUCCGAUCCAGACCAAGUACCAGGAAUCCAAGGAGUGGCAGGAGAUCACCCUGAAGGCUUACCCACCUGUUGAGAAGCCGAAGAAGGAAAAGAAGGUGAAGAAUAAAGGCACUGGCUACCCUGGAAGUAAGGAUCAGCCUAUAUCUGACCGGACGAAACCCGAGCCCAGCGAGGCGGCGUGA